UACAAAGAUAACAACUGAAGUGUUUGUUUGUAGAAAUUUUGCGUUGUUUAUUUGUGAUAAGUUACGUGGUUGUAGUAUACCUAGUUAAAAUAUUGUUUUGACAUUUGUCAUUUCGGUUUUAUAUCGUCAGAAUUUCAUGGUUGGAGAGCAAGAUGAGUACAGUUAGUCCGGAUAAAAAGGAACUGCUGACCAAGAUAACUGGUGAUGUUGACCUCCCAACAAGUGAAGUUGUAGAACUUCUUGCUUCCCAUACGACUUUGGCAAAGAAGCUGACAUGUAGUCAUAUUGCAAAUAAGUGCACAAGUAAUACUGAUUUAGCUCUUCUAACAGCAAACCUCCUCUUGAAAGAUGCUGGGGAUGCUAAUCCCAGUGUGAGGAGUGCUAGUAUAUUGGCCCUCGCUGCAUUACCUGGAAUUGAAGAAAGCACUGUAAGGGCUUUAACUGCUGCCCUUUCAGAUCAAGCGGCUCAGGUUCGUCGAGCUGCCGCAGUAGCUUGUUCCCGAUUCUUCACACACACGCCGAAUGUUGUACUGGAGUGUGGAUUAGUGGAUGCAUUGUAUGAUAGCCUAAGAGACUCAGAUCCAAUAGUUAUAAGUAAUGCCAUAAUCUCUUUGGACACUAUUCUAAAAAAUGAGGGUGGAAUGGUUAUCAACAAAAAUAUUGCACAUUACUUAUUGGGAAGAAUUUUACAAUUUUCUGACUGCAAUGCUGUUUACAUUUUAACACUUCUUCUUAGAUAUUGUCCUAAGACAGAUGAAGAAAUUUUCCUCCUUUUGAAUGCUCUUGAUGAACUUUUGUCAUCAAAAGCCCCAGCUGUAUUAGUUGGAUGUAUUAAAUUGUUUUUACACUGGACAGAGAAUCACUCCCACUUGAAAAAGGAUAUGCUCGAGAUUAUACAAACACCUAUAUGUAAGAUUUUAAGUCGUAAUGUUCCAGAAACAGCUUUCCUCAUUCUUGGUUUCUUGAGAACACUAGGAGAUAUCAGAGAGGUGUUUGGGCCACAUUUUAAAUACUUUUUAGUAAGGGCAAAGGAUCCAGGUUACUUAAAGACUCAAAAAUUAAAAGUUUUGCCAUUAGUGAGUACUAAAACAAAUGUUUGCAGUCUUAUUGAGGAGGUAAAACCAUUUUGCAGUGACUAUCAGAGUUUCAGAGAAGCAGUUUCCUGUGUAAGUGCACUAGCCCAGGUUAGUGCUUCUGCUUAUAAACAGUGUCUUAACAUAUUUAUUAUGCUUCUCGACUCCCCCACUGAAAGAGUGGUCAUAGCUACAUUGGAGUGUCUUAUGAGUCUAUUGUCAUCACCAGUUUGUAAAAAUGAAUUAUGUAGCACCAAUACUGAAACUUCUAAUCCUUCUCCAGUAUUCCCUGAAGAGAAAGACAUUGAUGGAAUAGAAAAUGAAUCUUCUAAACAAGAUGAUAAUGGAGAUAUAAAAAAAGAUGCAUUAGCUGUUCCAGAUAUUCCACAAGACCUCAUCUCAGCCCUGACAAGAGCUCUGUCAAGGUGCUCAGUGCAAGAAGCAGCUCCUUCUCUUGUACUGUAUAUACUUGGUACUAUGUCAGCCUUCCUUAAUUGUUCUCCGGAUAUAUUAGAAAGUAUGUCCUCUCUCUCUUCAGUUUCAAAUUUUUCCAAUGCAGAUCUAGUGACUGCAGCAGCACGAAUAUUUUUAUCACGACCAGCACAAAUGCAUCUUAUCUUAGCAUCUGUUUUAAGCAAUGCUUUUGCAAUAGGAGGUGCAUCAGCCAAUAGAGCUGCCUUAGUUUAUGCUGCUUUGCUAGAAGGUCCCAAAAGUGCUGCCAGUCUGCUUGGAGCUAAUGAUUUCUUGGUUCUUGAAAAUUUAAGCGUGCAAGAUGGUUAAGUAUUGAUUAUGACCAUGUAUAGUAGAUAAAAAUAUUUAUCAAUAUAUUAUGGUUUAUUAAGUCAUUUGUAAAAGUACAGUAAUAUGUAGAUGAUAAAUCAUUAGAACUUUUUAUGUAUGUACAUAUAUUUUUACUUUAAGAAUAUCUGAUUAUCAAAUGGAAAUUAUUGUUUCACUUUUUUCAUUAAUUAUAUGAAAUGUGUUAUGUGAAAGUAGGUAUAUAAUUCAAGAGACUAUAAUAAUGAUUUGAAAAGUUAA